AUGCCGUUACAAUGGAGUCUAAAUAAGAUCCGGACAUCGAGCAGUUCUCCUUUCUCGACUUCCACUACUGUCGACGUCCGCUACUACUCUGCGAACUUAAGUGCCACGUCCCGGAGGAGAGGGGUGAAGGUCAAGGGAAAUUGGGUGUCGCGGAAACUAUAUGACACCCAUACGACGAUAGAUAAACGGGCACGGUGGCUAGAAGGGCAGGCAAUCCUGGCUGGCAACGUUGACGGCGCAUUCAUCGCGCGGUCGCUCACUGGUCCACAAUCGGCAUCACGCAUUGCCUCCGACGGAAUUGGCGAGCCACUCGUUGAACCUCACGAACUCAAUGACGCACCCUGCUUGGGUCCCUCCAUGACCCCAAACCAAUCGCAUCAGCGACGCAUACGCGACAUCGACUUGAGCGACAGCUUUGUUGCCUUAGACGGGAACGCUUCCUCAAUCGAUACGGACAGUGAUACUGCUGAGUCGGCUGCGUCUGAAGACGAGGAGGAGGCUGGGUCGCCACCGUCCUAUGAUUCUGCAGAGGAGAACGCAGACGAAGCCCUGGAUGCUGCCAAUGCGCGCGCUAUCAAGGAGUUGACCUCGGUGUUCGUAUUAGUCAAUACGAACAUCCUCACAUUUUCCGUUCCCCCGACACUCAUCUUUGCCCAUCCGCCCGACGAAGCCUCGUCUGAAUAUCACCCCCCUGCCACGGAGCCUGCUUCAUUCGCGAACAGCGGCCUUCUACGCCUAUCCACCCAGCAUUCAAUCAAUAACCACUUCCUGCGUCACGAAGAAUUCAUGUAUCAGCAGCUCGUGAACAUUAGUCAUCUUGUCUCGAAUUCCUCCCGACUUCAACACCUGCAGGCUAUGGUUCAUAAUCGCAUCCUGGACGAGCUCAGACGCUUGGAGGGUAUAAAGGGAGAAGAAUGGAAUUGUCAACGACACGGAGGUCAUGGUCCCCCAGAUCCCCAUCUUGUAAGGUAUAAAGGACAGAAUCGGAUUCUCCUUGCAUCUGCAUCGUUCAGCAGACCCGGCCAUAAUGGCACUCAAGUUUUUGAUCCUCGUACUCCAUCUCAUCUCCCGAGUAUCGAGGAACGCUUGCGACUUCACACUCGCGGCUCGAGAAGGAGCAUCGAGGAGCAAGUGGGCUUCGAUAGCAUUCCCGUCGACUCUCGUACCCUCCUUCAUCAGUUCGACAUGGACCCUGUCGUGCGCUCCUAUGUCACUCCAGCCCAGCUCUUGAGAGCUGUACCCAUCAAGCGACGCCAUCGUCCCCCGUCUGCGGUACGUCAUUGCUACGCAAGUGCAUGA